AUGGACGACGGCGCUGAUAUUCUCACAAAGGCGAAGCUGUACGCCACCAUGUCUGAUGAUGACUCGUGGACAGAGAUGGGUGUCGGCAUCGUCUCUGUAGUCUUGCGUCCCGCUGCAGAUGUCAAUAGUGAUGAAAGCAAUGAUGGUGGUAGCAGCAGCAACAACAACAGUAACAAUAAUGCCGAACAAGUUGUUGGGCAACUGGAGAUAAUUGAUAUUGACAACCCGGCGGAGUUACUAAUGAGUACACCUAUAACUCUUUCAGAUGCCUAUGUUGUGCAGAAUGAAACUAUUCUGUGGUGGUCUGAUCCACAAUUAGGCCGUCUCAUGGCAUGUAGCUUUAACACAAAAGAAGGAUGUGAGAAGAUACGAAAAGAGAUUGUGGCGUAUCAGAAUUCUCGUAAAACUGCUACUACAAAUGAGAUUAAUGGCUCUGAAAGAGCCAAUACUCCAUCUAUUUGCAGUCAUUGGACAGUAUGUCGUGAGAAUCUUCCGGCAAUUCUUUCUGCAGCAAUGACUAAUGCGCAACGUUUUGGUGUUUUCGUUCGAGGACGUGAAUCGUACUUUAAAGAACUUGCAGAGUUAUUUCAGCUGUGUCAACGUGAGGGUGACUUAAGAGGUAUGGAUCUUAUAGGACAAAUUACUCUGGCUCUUUUACGUUCACCAUUUAGCACUGAUGGAAAAAUUAUUGCACAAUUUGUUGAAAAUUCACUUGUUGAUACAUGUGUAGAUAUUGUUCAGUACGCUAUUGGACGUCGGGAUCAAAGUACGGGAUUUGUAAGUUUUGAAGAGCGACGUGCUACUUUUCGUAAUCCAUUGCAACUUCCGGAAAGUAUUGUGGCACGUAUUCAUGUGUUGUAUUCAUGUGGAUAUUUAAAAGACCUUUUGCCACUCAGCCUGGAUGAAGCGGAUGCGGUCCCAUCUUCAUUGCUUAGUACCUAUCUUACAUCUAGUAAGUUUCGACUAGUAGAAGAUAUAUGCAGAUCUCCACUUAUACUUCCCCAAGCAUUUCAACGUGCCUACAAUGAUGUUGCAAACGCCUUUGAAGUUGUGGCUUUUGUCCACGACAUGUGUAAAACAAUAAAAAACACGAUGAUGCCCUUGGAUUGUAAAACUACUAUGUUUGAAGCACUUGUAGGGACUGGACUGUUGCCAUUUCUUCGUUUUGUUAUUGCAAAUGCGAUUGAGUUAUACCAAAAUGUGGGGUCAUUCUUACCUGCACAAGCACAAGCACAAACACAAGGAACUCCAGCAUCCUUAUUAUUAUCAUCAUCAUCAUCAUCAUCAGAACCACCACCUCCACCAACACUUCCUUCCUCUUUCAGAGUAAUGCCAGGAAUGGCGAUGCAAAUGGCCUGUGAUAUUGUCUGUAAUUGUAUCAUGUUAUAUCCUGCUGGUCGUGGUGGUCUUGUUGCGGAGGCCCUAACAAGUCCUAAUGGAUGUCUCCUUGAGUUACUGCUUCAGUGUAUUAUCACAAGUAAACGCAGUGCUGAAUUGCAGGCGGCCUUUGACGCAGUCGUUAGUUGCGGAAUUGGUAUCUUGCAAUAUCUACCUGGUAUCAUAGAGACAGGAGGUCCUACAAAACGGGAUGUAGUACGUUUCUGGGUGGAGGGUGCGGCAGGACAGAGACCACCUUUACUUCUUCUCGUUGUUCCUCUCGCUGAGGCAUUUCUUCGAGGCGAACCUAUUCCUCAUGGUUCACACGAAGAGAUUCGUGUACUACAUGUUCUUAAAGUUCUUACAUCACUUGUGGGCGAAAUAGAUGAACAACUCAGCCAUUCUUUUGCAAGUGUAUUUCAGCAAGCAAACCUCAUCUCAUCUCUUGAGGUGGUACUACGAACAGAUAAUCGCUCAAGCGCUAAUUUACAAUCUUCAGUUGUGGCACUAGUAACUACUAUUCUUGAAAGUGGAAAGCGACGACUAGUGGAUCUUCUAGUUGAUGGUUUACUACUUGAAACUGCAUUACGUCGCUAUAUGAAGUAUGGUCAUCGCAAUAACAUUUUAAGUUCUUCAUUGGCACAUCUCUUUGAUGGUGUUUGUCGGGCUAUUCAUUCUGAAAAGAGUGGCGGAGCACGGACAUUUUCUCAUAUGGCUAGCAGCCCAUUCUUGCAUAUUUUACACAGUGGUGAGGAUGACAGUUUGGCGAGCAGGACAGCAGAUGGACAAGAGAACGGUAACAGUAGCAGUAACAACACUUGUCAAACUAUUGGCGGUCGACUUUGGUCAAUGCAUGGAGAGGAACUUCGAACACGGUGCCCAUCAUUUGCCAGAAAAUUGGAGCACGCACUUCAGGAAACACCAGAAGAGGCACGAUCUGCAGAUGCCGAGUCGUCAAGUGUUGCGAGCACUCUGGAGCGCAAUAUUAAGAGUAUUACAGAUGUUGAGUUUGAUGCCAUGGUAAUGGACUUUGGUGUUGAACUGCAACCGAGAGGAUCUGUUAUUACGACGUUCCCUAACGCACCCCUAGUUGCGCAGAAUGUUACAGAGAAAACUAACAGAAAAGAAGAUCACAGUGAUGAUGAUUUUCAUGAUCAUGAGGAAGAGGAAGAAGAGGAGGAAGAAGAACAAAAAGAAGAGGAUGAUGGUGAGGAUGAAGAUUAUAAAGAGAAAGAGGAUGAAAAUAACGAGGAUCGUGGAGAGCCGCUGCUGAAGCGCUCAAGGUCUGAGUCAACCUCCAGCGUUGGGCAUGAGUAA